UUUGUUUGGUUUGGUCAAUCAAUGAUUCCAAAAUAGUUAUCCAUACACACUAAAGUUAUCGAAAGUUGGAAUUCCAGGUGACUGAAUUUGAUCAUCAUUGAAAAAAUCAUUUUUUCUUUCUAUUGCCGGGUAUAUUUGGCGUGUGAAAUUCAAGGAAGAUAUUUUUCUUUUUUUGUUGGAAAACAUUAUGACAAGAAGAAAGCAACAACAAAAACAAAUUACAAAUAGAUAGAAUUUAUAACCAAAUGUCGAAUCGUGUACCAUUAUCAAAAACAACAACCAAAACAACCAAAAUUAAAACAUCGACAACCCAGCAACCACCAUUAUCAUCAUCUUUAACCACUAUUUCCACUUCCCGUUCUAUUUCAACUACCAUUAAUCCAAUUACCUCGAUCAAUAUUUCAACUCAGUCCCCAUCAUCAUCAUCAUCAUCAAUACAAACAUUCGAUUCGACUAUUUCGACUUCAGUAGGAAUCACACAACCACUAUUAUCAACAACAACAACAACAAUAUCCUCUUCAAUAAUAAUGCCUUCAUUAGUACAUAAUACCAAACGUAAACGUUUGGAUGCUGUUGUAAAUAAACUUUCAUUAUCAAAAAUAUUUAAUCCAUCUACAUUAUCAUUAUUAUCAUCCACAUCUUCAUCAUCAUCAUCAUCAUCAUCAUCGCCAACAACAACAACAGCAAUGUCGACAACUAUAUCGACAGAAGCAGCCACAACAACAACAUCAAUAAUUAAUCCAUCAUCGACUGAUAUAAUCGAUUAUGAUGAUGAUGACGAUUCACCAGAAUUAACAACAGCAACAACCAUGGAACCAAUGAUAAUUGAAACAAAAUCAUCAUCAUCACCAUCACCAAAAAAACAAUUAUCAUUAGAUUCUGAAAUGAGCUUGAAUGUUGGUAAUUUAAAUCUAAAUAUUUCGAAUGAAAAAUUUCAAACACAGCCACCAACAUCAACAACAUUAUCAUCCUCAUCAUCAUCAUCGAACAUAUCAUGUCCAUUAAAAUAUUCAAAAUCUGAACAAAUUGAUAAUCAAAUGGCUACUUGUUCAACAAUAACAUUAACAUCAUUGAAAAAUACUCCACCCACAACAACAACAACAUUAACAAAAUAUGCAGGUGAAAUUAUUGUUUCGGGCAAUAUUUUUGUUGAAAAAGAAAAAUAUUUUGAUGAUAAACAGCAACAGCAACAGAAGAAGAAAAAAGAAGAUAAUGACCAUGAAGUUGUUGGCGGUGAUGGUGAACGAUCAUUUUCAGGACCUAGAUCAUCAACAUCAGGUAGCAACAAGCUACCAGUGAUGAUCACAUCAUCGUCGACUACAAUCGACUACAGUAGUCGAUCAGGUAAUUUGUUUUCAACUUUAUCAUCAUCGUCGUCGUCGUCUUCAUCGUCUUCGUCUUCUUCGUCUUCUUCAUCGUCGACAGCUACAGUCAAAAACUUGAAUACGAAUGAACAACAACAAAAUUAUGAACAGGAAUCUCAAUUAACAUCAACAACAACAACAGCAACAGCAACAGAAAAAAUUUCAUUUAAAAAUGAAGAAAAAAAUGAUAAAGGCAAACUCUUAAGUCACGAUUUACAGAGGCCAAAACAACAACAACAACUGCAACAAGAAGAGGCCAAAACUAUUGGUGAAAAUUCAACUUUGACGUCGUCUUCAUCAUCAUCAUCAUCAUCGACGGCGGCAACGGCAACGGUGGCCAAAUUCCAGCAGCAGCAAAAGCAGAAGCAACAGGUGACCGAUCAUCAUCAUCAUCAUCAACAACAGAAGCCAUUGCCACCGUCGUUGAAACAACAACAACAACAACAAGAAGGCUGUUUUGAUGACGAGAAUGAAUACCAGCAGCAACAGAAGCAGCAACUAAAUCUAAAUAAGCAACAGGUCAAUGUUGAAUCAACAACAACAACAUUGGCCAUUCAGUCGAUUUCGACCGGCGAAUCGAUCGUAUCGACAUCGACGAUAUCACAACCUUCACCAUCACAAUCAUCAUCAUCAUCAUCAUUAAUAAAACCAUUUAAAUUACCAUUAUUUGAUUGUUUACCAUCAUUUCAAUGUAAAUGUCAACAUUGUCAUCAUCAACAUCAACAGCAGCAACAACAACAACAACAUUCGAUUCGAAUACCAACAACAACUAGCAUAAUAUCAAUGCCAACUAGUUCAACACCAUCGACCAUCAUUAUGACGGGUCAUCAUAAUCAUCAUCAUCAUCAACAACAACAAUAUUGGCCACAAUCAACAUCAACAUCAACAUCAUCAUCGGCAUUAUCAUCAACAACAACAACAACAUCGGCUUCAUCAUCAUCAUCAUCAACAGCAAUAUGGUUUAAUAAUUUAAAAAAAUUUACAUCAACCGGUGGUGAUGAACGUUCAUUAUCACCAACCGCAUCAACAACAACACCACCAGUUAUGUUGGGUAAAUGUUUAUCACCACCGAUAUUGGAAUCGGCACGUAUACCAAAUUAUAAGAAACAGAUUUUAUCAUCUGCAUUAAAACAACAACAACAACAACAACAACAAAAACAAUCAUUAACAUCCUGUAUUGAUUUAAUAAUACCACCGGGUAAAAAACGUAGCUAUUCUGAUUCCGAUGUACUAGUCGCUGAUUAUUUAACAAUGAAUGCAAAAGCAUUAGCUGAAGCUGCCGCAGCAGUUAAAAGUAACACUGCCGUACAACAAGAGGAACCAAUUCCAUUGAUUGGAUCCGGUAUGACGAUGAUUCAAGAUAAAAAAAUACGAUCAUUGCCAAAACCAUUAUUAUUAUCUACUAAAACACCAUCAACAACAACAACAACAACAGCAACAUAUCAACAUCAACAUCAACAAGAAUGUCCAUUAGAUUUAUCACGUAAAACAAUAAUAACUAAACAUCAUCAUCCGCAUACAAUACCAUCAUUGACAGCUAUUUCAACAACAAUGCUCAAUACUCCUGUAGCAAUAGCUACUACUUCUGCUCAUUAUCUAUCAUCAUCAUUAUCAUCAACAUCAUCAUCAUCAUCAUCAGCAAAAACAACAUCAUCAUCAUCAUCAUCAUAUACACCGAAUAUAUUUUUUAAUGAAUCUGAUCCUAAUACGCCAAAUAUUUCUUCGAUUACAUUUCCUUUUCCUUCAACAACAUCGACAUCGACAACAUCCGAAUCAGCAUCAUCAUUAUUAUUGAAAUAUUCAAAUUUAUUAUUAACAACAGCAACAGCAACAACAACAAAAUCAUUGACAUCAUCAUCGGUACCAUCACUUACAUCAUCAUCAUCAACAAAUUUACAAAUAAUAUCACCGAAAAAAACUAAAUAUUCUUCACAGAUAUUAUCAUCAACAACAUCGACAACAUUAUCACCACCGAUUGGACAAUCAAUUAAAACAUCGAAAACACCGAUAACAACAAUAGCCGAUGAUAUAAUAACAAGUACAACAUAUCAACGUCAAUCAACAAAAAAAUCAUUCAAAUCAAAAAGUACAGAAUCAUUUUCAAUAACAACUGGUUCGACAACAGCUAAUAUUCCGACCGGAUCUUCGAAUAUUUCUGAUAAUAAAAGUUAUUCAUUAACCGAUCUUAUUGUUGAUAAUAAUAAUCAACGUAAUCAACGUGGUUCAUCAUCAUCAUCAUCAUUUCAAUGUACAAUUUGUAAUGAAACAUUUGCCCAACAUGAUCGUCUUGCUAAACAUAUUGCAAGUAGACAUAAAAAUCGUCAACAAUGUGAUUCGAUAACGAAAAAAUAUCUAUGUGAAAUAUGUCAUCGUUCGUUUGCACGUAGUGAUAUGUUAUCAAGACAUGGACGUGUACAUACCGGUAUUAAACCAUAUGCAUGCGAUAUUUGUGAUCAGGCAUUUUCACGAUCGGAUCAUUUGCAUACACAUUUACGUACACAUUCGGGUGAAAAACCAUAUCGUUGUGAAUUUCGUAAUUGUGGUUAUGCUGCAUGUCGUCGUGAUAUGAUUUCUCGUCAUAUGCGUACACAUUUUCGUUAUGAAAAUACAAAUCAACAACAACAACAAUCAUCAUCUUCAGGUGCCACCGGUGAUGAUAUUUAAUUGAUCCAACAACCAAAAAACAAACAAAAAAUCAUAUCGAAAACCGGAACAGGACCUCAAAAUGAAACUAAAAUGAAAAUCCAAAUAAUCCACACACAAACACUGUCCACCUAG